GUUAUAAUACGUCUUUGUCUUCCCUUCUCCAUCUUCCGUAUUGAUAUUCAGCGUGUUUCGUCUACGAUUGCUCAACAGGCUACGGUAUGCCUGUUUCAAUAAUUACCUAGGGAGCUACAACCUCUGCCAUGUUGAGCCCUAGUAGUGAGUUCCCAAGGUUCUGCUGGGCCUGCGUUUCGAGAACCGUCGUCUCUACGACAGCUGGCCUACAAAAGAGCGCAUAUCGCUCGAGACGAUUGCUACAGAGCCGGGCAAUUACGACGUCCCCAGAACGUGGGCGAAGACCUACACGCUUGCGCAAAUAUAACUCCUCCUCGACCAUACCAAAAUCUCAGCCUGCGCUCGCGUUCAGUCAAUCCACAUCGCUGGCACAGUCGACGCACGACCAAUCAACGCACAACCCCAAAGGUCCGCCCCCGCAAGGAAUUCGCGAUCAAUUGAAGCUAUGGCAAGAACAAAACGGUACGCCGAAUGCGGAGGAAUGCCUCGAGAAUCUCAUUCCUGCGCUGGGCGAUGCGAAUGCAGCGGCCCAAUUAGGUAUGGAAGAAGAAGCCGCAGACGAGAGAGACGGAUACAUGGCAAUAAAUUAUGACCCGGACGAGGUAGAAGAUAUCUAUGGCUCUGGUCUAAGUCUUGCCUCAAAAGUACAGCCUGGUGAUCUAUGCAUGCUUCCUAACAAGAUUCGAUCCCCCGCCAAUGAUCUUGUUGCGGCCAUAUACGUGUCCCCAGGAGAUACAGGCCAUGGCAAAUUUCUGAAUUCGAAGGGGGCGAUCAUAGAUUGCUACCUCGGUAGUAUCCUACUUCGAUACCCUGCAUUCGUCAGCCAGGAUGAAGUGAUGAAAGUCAAGUCAUGUAUGACCAUCAUGAAUCAGUCUUCAGUAGAUGCGCCGAAUACGCAUUACCUAGACGUCCAGAAGAAAGACACCUCCCAUGUUUCUCUGACAGUCUGCGCUCCCAUGCUUGAAGCGCUCUCGGCGUUUAGACAAAGAUAUCUUGACAUCUACCGGGAACACCACCGCCGACUGGAUUUUGCGUACGAACUUCUCGCACAUCCUACUGAAGACAAGAUCUGGUCACUUGAUAAGGCUAUCAAGUAUCUGUUGGAAGAACAUGCAGACAACAGCUUUGAGCAACUCUCCGCAGUUCAUCUAGCACUCGAAAGAGCAGGCUCGGGCAUUGACUAUUCGUAUUCCACCUUCAAUAUGACACAGCAGUAUUAUGUUAAAGCGCAAGCAAAUUUGACCGAGAUAGAAACCGUUAUAAGCUGGAUCCGCAACUACAAGACGUGGCGUGCUUCUCAGGCUUCAGGAAACAAGUCACAAUUAGCCCCUCCAGGGGUAUCAAUCAUUGAAAGGUUCGUCACCAAAGCCAAGGGGUUGGUCUCUCAUAGUCGUUCAGUAAGGUCACCUUCCAAUAUAACCUUCGGUGCCGUCCCGAUUUUGGGUGGGCUGGGUCCGAGCAAACUCAGACAGACAGCGAACAAACCUUUGCCGGUAGAAAGAGGCGUUGUAAAGGCCACUUUUGACAGCAAUGAACGCCUCAUAAUCAGAGCGCUACGUUCGUACGCUGUAGAACGAUCAACCUACGCAAAACAAGAUAUAGCAGCUCUCCUACCGACCCUGAUGCACGAAGUUGGGAGGUACGAUGGCCAUAAUAUUGGGGUCGCUACGGUGUUCUUAUUCCUCCAAGAAAUUGGAGUUUUAACAACUUACGAGGAUCACCACAAUUUCACACCGAGUCUUAUGCUGCCCGGAUAUGGUUAUUCAAAUCUGAUUGAUAGUGCGUCUGCCAGUGCUUCUCAUCCAGAGAUGCACGAGAAGGACCUGGUCGAUACGAUGGCAGAUCUGCGAAAGGAUUGGGAACAGCUCCCUGUUUACUGCAUCGAUGACGCAUCAGCUUCAGAGAUUGACGAUGGCAUAUCGGUGGAAGUAAUCGAGGGAGGAGCGACUGCACAGUGGUGGCUUCAUGUGCAUGUAGCCAACCCGACGGCCUUCAUACCAAGAAAUCAUAUUCUGGCGCGACUGGCAGGCCACUUGAUACAGACUGUAUAUUCUGGGUCGCACAGUGUGCCAUUGUUGCCCAAAUGGGUUACACAAGGCUGGUUCAGUCUCCAGUCGAAUCGACCGGUUUUGACUUUUAGUGGCCGAAUUGAUAGCAGUGGAACGAUUCUGGAGAGUAAGGUUCAACCUGGGAUUAUUCGGAACGUCAUCUUGACCACGCGCCAUGCUGUUGACGAAACUUUGGGCGGGCACCCAAGCAUUUUUCCAAAUAAAUGGACUGUUGGCGGCGCACUUCCAGAGAUUAAGGUAACGCGUCCUUUGCAGACAAAGUUCAGUCCUUCUCAAGUCAAAGAUCUGCAGGCUUUGUGGAACGUCGCUGAAGCCCUGGACAAGGCCACUCAAAACCAAAGCAAGCAAUUCCAGAGGUCCACCUUCGUCAAUUGUGAUCUGUACUCGAUAAACGUUUCGUCAAGCACUGGACAGCCAUUGCCAAACUCAUCAACACAGCCAGACAGAGCAAUAUUCUCGCAGGGGGACCCGGUAAUUGAAAUGCGUUCAAGGCCAUGGUCUACGCAAUACGCCCCUAUUGGCGACGGAGACAAGGGCCAUGUUGCAAAAGCCAUCGUUGAGACAAGUAUGGUCGCCGCAUGUACCAUUGGAGCACGCUGGGCACGGGACCGGAAUGUUCCGCUGUAUUUUCGCGGCACACAUCCAUAUGCGGAUCAGGAAAAGUUCCAACGCUUUGUCAAAAAUGUAUGGGAGCCUUCGCUUGAUGAGAAUGGGAUUCCACCUUUACAUGUUUCAGUCAAGUCAACGGACUUUAUUGGGCGAACAUACAUAUCGACCACACCAGUCUUUCACGUUGGUCUAAACGCAGACGCAUACACUCAUGUGACAAGCCCGCUUCGUCGGUAUGCAGACAUGAUAGCGCACUGGCAAAUAGAAUCCGCGCUCCGAGCAGAAGCUAGAGCUGGCAAAAGUCUCGCCCAGAUGCCCGCAGCAGUGACGGGUCUUGCCUACAGUCAAGAAACGUUGGAGAGUGGACUCGUCCGCGUCGCGGCUCGCAUUAAGCAGAUAUCGAUGCUGAAUGGUGGAUAUGGAAAAUUUUGGAAAAGGGAAUUAGUGCGGCGCGCGCUUCACUUCAACGAGUGUCCAGAGUUCCCACGUAUUGUAACGUGCAUGGUCAUGACGAACUUGAUAACAGUUCAGAAGAUCCAGGUCUCCGUCAGAGAAUUUGAGCUUCACGCAAGCAUGAUGGACCCUCGAUGCGACAUCAGUCGGACGGUUUAUCCCAAUGUUGAUCAAGUCAGGCCACAAGCUGGAGAUAUAUGGGAAUGCGAGAUUGCUCGAGUUGAGCAAUACUCUGGCUUGAUCACGCUGACUCCGAUCCGGCUGAUCGAGAAAUGGAAGCCGGCACGGGAAGGAUUCAACGGGGACGAGUUCUUCAGUGACAGCUAGUUUUGCCGGAGCGGACAUGGCCUUCGGUUUUAUAGCCAUGGCGUCGGAGGCAUGUCUUGCAUGCGCUCGAGCAUUGUUGCUGGUGUUGUAAAUAAUUGUACGCCAUAGGCCGCCUUGUAUAUACCAAACACACUACUACUGCAUGGCCCACAUGUGCGAGACGAUCAACAUGCGAACACAUCUGGUGAUCUGCGACAGGUGUGAAACUUAUGGCAAGACCAGAUGUUUAUUGGAUACAGUAAGCGACGUACAAAGAUGUCCAGUAGUAAGUAUCUCCUCAGACAGGGUUUGUGGAAGGUUCCGAGCGAUCAGUAGUAUGCAACAUUGCUACUCAUACGAUCAAUUAUUGCAACAUGACGUAGAAGGCUGAGCGCCUGCGUACGUAGCACUGCAUGUUCAUUG